CCAGCCCAGCCAUGCCUGCUGACUCGCAGUCGCUGAGCGUGGAGCCCGCUGCGCCGCCGCCAGCUGCCGGGGAGCUGCAGUACCUGGAGCAGGUGCGGCACAUCCUGCAGCGCGGCCACCGCAAGGACGAUCGCACCGGCACCGGCACCGUGUCCAUGUUCGGCGUCCAGGCGCGAUACAGCCUCCGAGAUCAGUUUCCUUUGCUGACAACAAAACGAGUAUUCUGGAAAGGAAUUCUGGAAGAGCUGCUUUGGUUUAUCAAGGGCUCUACAAAUGCUAAAGAGCUCUCUGCAAAGGGAGUCAAGAUUUGGGAUGCCAAUGGAUCACGUGAGUUCUUGGAUAAACAAGGUUUCACCCACAGAGUGGAAGGUGAUUUAGGACCUGUUUAUGGUUUCCAGUGGAGACAUUUUGGAGCAGAAUAUAAAGAUAUGAAUACAGAUUAUUCAGGCCAAGGAGUUGACCAGCUGCAGAAAGUAAUUGAUACAAUCAAAAACAAUCCAGAUGACAGAAGAAUCAUUAUGUGUGCUUGGAAUCCUAAAGAUAUUUCCUUGAUGGCUUUACCCCCUUGCCAUGCUCUCUGCCAAUUCUAUGUUGUAAAUGGCGAGCUUUCUUGCCAGCUGUAUCAGAGAUCUGGAGAUAUGGGACUAGGAGUGCCUUUCAAUAUUGCCAGUUAUUCACUGCUCACGUACAUGAUUGCUCAUGUGACAGGCCUAAAGGUUGGUGAGUUCAUACACACAUUAGGAGAUGCUCACAUAUACUUGAAUCAUAUUGAACCUUUGAAAGUUCAACUCGAGAGGGAACCACGACCUUUCCCAAAACUCAGAAUUCUUCGUAAAGUUGAAAACAUCAAUGACUUCAAAGCAGAAGAUUUUAAGAUCGAAGACUAUAAUCCUCACCCAGCUAUUAAAAUGGAGAUGGCUGUUUAAUGCAUGUAAUUCUUUGGAACGCUUGCAUUUAACAGGGUGGAUUUUAAUGGGGGGGGAGGGAAAAGAGAGAGUGUGUGUGUGUGUGCGCGCACACAUGGGGCUGAGGGGAAGGGGGGGACCAGACACAAAGACCAUGAAUGAUUCCCCCUUGCUCAUGAGAUUUUUGGAUUGAAGUGAAACUUAAGUCUUGAGAGUGCUAACUUUUUUCACUAUUUACUAAUCAUGUAUAAGUGUGCAAAUAUUCAAGUUACAUUUGUUGGUUCUGGGUUGCAUACUAUUCCUACUGUGUAUAAAUCAUUUAGGAAGUGCACUGAUUCUGCUGUGGCUUACGUUAGCAUUUUAACUAAUAUUUACUUUACAGCUAUUCUUAGCACUGUAGUCUCCAAUGAGACCAGAGAGAUAUUUGUUGUUCUUAGCAUGUAUCUACAUUGAAUGUUUAUGCAUUAAUAUACAUUUAAAAUAAAAACCAUUGUUUAUAAAGAAAAGUAUGGUUUUACCUUUGAAAAAAGUGCUUCAUAGAGAAAGCAGUGACAUGAGUUUUUAAUAAAUCUGGUUUUAUAAAUGUAUUAUUUGUUGGAGUGAUACAUCUUGAAGGUUUUGUUACAGACUGGGCACGUAUACACAUUCAUUAAUGUGCCGUAAUUGCGGUGCAUUAAUGAUAGUACCUGUAAUUACAGGUACUAGAUUAAUGCACCAUAAUCAGCGCUACUGAGCAGCAGCAUAAGUGCAUGCUCUUUCUGUGACACUGAUGCACAAGAGACUAAUUCUACUGCGCAUUACCAUGGUUUUUGCCGCCCGUGCUAAUGUACAGUAAAACUAGUCUACAUCUUUAGCAUCUUGUGUAGACUGGCUCAGUUUGUAUUAAACGGUGGUACUAAACAGAAGUACCUAUUUGUACACAGCUAUACUUCUAAGUUUUUUAAAUGUUGUCCUUUUAUAGUAUCUUGGUUUGCUUUCUAAAUUCUUGGUCUGGCCAAGUGAGCUAGUAGACAGCAAGGCAGGUUGUAGUUCUGUCUGAAUUUGAGGAGUUUACAAAUUGCCAGACUUAGUCAAUGUCUCAUGUUUUCCCAUAACUAACUUUAACAGAUGACAUUACUACCUUUCACAGAGCUGCCUGUCAGACCAACUUGUGUUUAUGUACACAACUAAUGAAGAAAUAAAGCUUUUCACAUAUCUACUAACAUUUGCAGGACAAGUGCUUGUAUGUCCUAUACACAUUUAU